GCACAUCAAACUCUGCAAAGUUUCUCUCGUGGAACAUGACAUUAUUGACCGGGAAUUCUUUUGUUGGUAGCCAAAAUUGGGCUAUUUGGGGCUUACUUAAUCAAUAUUAUAGUUUUUGUUAUUUCACAGACAGCACCAGAAAAACCAGAGUUAUUGAAGGAAUUUUGAGUAAUUCCUCUCUCAGGCUGACCCUCCUUUUCAGUCCUUCUGGUUACCAUUCAACAACCAACCCAGAGAAAGGUUUUUUCUACAUAAGCUUAAUUGCCACUUCUUGUCUUUCAUGCAAGUGACCUUAUAUUACCUGAAAAGGAAGGUCAAGUUUUACUAGUAGCUCCAUGGAACUGUAGGUUGUGUUGUAAAUCUUGUUUUUCACUGACAAACAUUUUGCUUUGAAGCUAAGCAGUACGUAUAGUGAUAUCAGAGCCACAGUUUAGGCCACGUUUAGGAUACUGCUGUUCAAGUUUAUGGGUUCUCAGAUACCAAAAUCUGCAAGGUUUGGGCAUCCAACUUCUGAUUUUCAUGACAAAUAUGGAAGUCAUCAAAACAGAAGCAGACUGUCUCCAGGGUCAAUAUUGGAGAGCAUAGAGAGAAAAUUUUCAAGUGCUUAUAAGAGCGUUAGAAGGAUAAUAACACACUUAAGUUUCAAGCAUCCAGGUGAUCAGUCAGUAAAGAAACCGAAGUUCUGGAAGAAAAUUCUUGAUCCACAGAAGCCAUUUCUUCAGCAAUGGAACAAGAUAUUUGUGCUCUCUUCUGUCAUAGCAGUAGCUGUGGAUCCUCUCUUCUUUUACAUCCCAGUGAUCGACGGUGAACGUCAAUGCCUAACCAUAGACCGACAACUUAUGAUCAUUGCUUGUGUUCUUCGUUCAGUCAUGGACUUAUUUUAUGUACUUCACAUGAUCUUUGAAUUUCGAACGGGUUUUCUUCCCCCUUCUUUACCAGUAUUUGGAAGUGGAGAAUUAAUCGAAGAUCCAGCAGCUAUAGCAAAGAGAUAUCUCUUAUCGAACUUCUUGAUUGAUAUCUUAUCCGUUCUCCCACUGCCUCAGCUUUUGGUAUUAGCAAUCAUUCCUGCAGCGAAAGGCCCAAUUCCAUUAAAGACAAAGGAUGUUGUGAAGAUUGCAGUUCUUUUGCAAUAUGUUCCAAGACUUCUCCGAAUCUAUCCACUAUACAGAGAAGUAACCAGAACAGUUGGCAUACUGACAGAAACAGCCUGGAGUGGAGCUGCCUUCAAUCUCCUUAUUUAUAUGCAAGUUAGUCAUGUUGUUGGUGCCAUUUGGUAUUUGUUAUCAGUAGAACGACAAGCCAAAUGCUGGGUCGAGGCCUGCAGGAAAGAUAAGUGUAAGGACAAUUUUCUGUACUGUGGAAAUCAAAGAAGACAAAUACAGCCGUACAUAGAUCAGUAUUGCUCCCCUAAGGAGCCUGAAGAUGGAAAAACCUUCAACUUUGGGAUGUAUGUUGAAGCCCUCAAGUUUCAAUUGACCAGUACGACGUCUUUUCGCCGCAAAUUCUUCUAUUCCUUCUGGUGGGCUUUGAGAAAUGUCAGCUCUAGUGGACAAAACCUUCAAGUAAGCAAUUACAUGGGGGAGGUUUUUUUUGCUGUCUUCAUUGCCAUUCUUGGUUUGGUUUUAUUUGCGUUACUCAUUAGCAAUAUUCAGAAAUAUCUGCAGUCAGCAACUGUUAAAGUAGAGCAGAUGAGAAUUAACCGAAGAGACGCCGAGCAUUGGAUGGCACAUCGUAUGCUCCCAGAGGACUUGAGGCAGCGUAUUCGACGAUAUGAUCAGUACAAAUGGCAGCUAAACAGGGGAGUUAAGGAAGAGGAACUCAUCGGUAACCUUCCUAAAGACCUCAGGAGAGACAUCAAACGCCAUCUUUGCUAUGCCCUUCUAAAGAAAGUGCCACUUUUUAGCGGCAUGGACAAGCAACUGUUGGACGCGAUGUGUGAAUAUCUCAAGCCUGUGUUAUUCACAGAGAAGAGCUUCAUUCUGCAAGAGGGUGACCCAAUUGAUAUGAUGCUAUUUAUCAUGAAAGGAAAGUUGGCUACCAUUAUUACUUAUGGUUGGAAAAACGACACUUUCUCGGCCGUUCUUAACGCAGGUGACUUUUGUGGUGAAGAACUAGUUCAAUGGGCAAGGGAUCCCACCUCCACUUCCCUUCCCAUUUCAAGCAGAACAGUUAAGUCUCUUACUGAGGUUGAAGCCUUUGCUCUAAAGGCUAAUGAGUUGAAAUCUGUAACUAGUCAGUUCCACUUCCAGCGUCUCAAUAGCAAGCAAUUCCAACUCUCAGUGAGGUUCUACUCCCAUCAAUGGAAUGUUUGGGCAGCCUACAAAAUACAAGAAGCUUGGCAGGAGUACCGUGAAAGAAAGCGGAGGGGGGUGAGAGGAGAUGGCAGGUUUCAAGCUGCAUUGGCCAAAACGGCUGGCGCCUCGGUGGGCUUUGGCGCCACUCUGUAUGCUUCCAUAUUCAUAUCCCAUCUACUGCAAGUGGUGCAGCGUGAUCAACAUCGGGAAACUGUUCAACUCACCCGAGUGAUGACACUACCGCCGCCUCCAAAGCCAGACGAUGAGCCAGACAGGCCAAACGUCACAAUCUUGAAUCUGUAAGAUGUGUUGUUUCAAGCUCGUUAACCUUCUAUGUGAGUUUUAGGUGCUUGGUUUCUUUGUGUGAUAUGUAAAUGACGUAUGAUAAUCAGCAGAAUGGUGUUCCUCUCGAUUGAUUUCAUCUUUCAUUUUCUCUUCUA